ACCCUGCUUGGACAGAACGUCCUAACCUAACAAGUGUUGAUAGGACUCAUUCGAGAGUAUAUUAAUCGUUCAACCAGAUUUAACUGAAAAGAAAAAAAUUCUGUUUACUCAUCUACAUUUAAAUAAGGCACUUCGCAUCACGAAAUGGAUUUUCAAAACCGACCUGGAGGAAAAACCGGUGGAGGAGGAGUGGCAUCAUGGUCAGAGAGUAAUCGCGACAGGAGGGAACGCCUUCGGCAACUUGCUCUCGAAACGAUAGAUCUUAAUAAAGAUCCAUAUUUUAUGAAAAACCAUUUGGGCUCGUAUGAGUGCAAGCUAUGCUUGACUUUGCAUAACAAUGAGGGCAGUUAUCUGGCGCACACACAGGGAAAAAAGCAUCAAGCUAAUUUAGCCAGAAGAGCUGCAAAGGAAGCUAAAGAGGCACCGCAAACAUUAGCUCCCGAGAAACCUAGAGUUGAACCGAAAAAGUUUGUCAAAAUCGGACGACCUGGCUACAGGGUUACAAAACAGAGAGAUCCCGAGUCUGGGCAGCAAAGUUUGCUUUUUCAAGUUGAUUAUCCCGAAGUUGCCGAUAACGUCAUUCCCAGGCACAGGUUUAUGUCUGCCUAUGAACAACGUGUAGAACCUCCAGAUCGUAAAUGGCAAUAUUUAUUGUUUGCUGCAGAACCUUAUGAAACUAUAGCAUUCAAGGUUCCUAGCAGAGAAGUGGAAAAGGCAGAGGGAAAAUUUUGGACUCACUGGAACAAGGACACUAAACAGUUUUUCCUUCAGUUUGCAUUUAAAAACGAGAAACCUUCUGUUGGUAAAGUUCCACCACCACCGGUUCCAUUAAUUCGUCCAGGUCUUCCACCUCCGAUGAUGCCAGUACCUCCACCACCCCGACCGCCUAUGUUUAACCCAGUUCCACCUCCUCCAGCUCUGUUAGCUACAGGAUUACAAAUACCACCCCCUCCACCUCAUGUAACAUAACAAUCGUAAGAAUCAAAGACUAAAACAAAACUUAAAUUAUGCUGAAUUCAUUUACAACUCUUAGUUACGAAGUUUAACAUUUGGAAUAAAUAAAGGUACAUUCACACACCUAAUGUG